AUGCGACGGCGAACAGAGGAAGAAAGAAGGAGACGAAAAAGGAGGGGGGAGGAAGACUGAAUAGUCUAGACGAUCCAAUCUUCGUGUGGGUAGCAAAUUCGAAACCCACCAUCCUCGUUCUUGGAACCGUCGAUCGUGUACUGGGAUUUUCGAGACAGAUCAGAAAUGGCGUCAAAACCAGUUGUUACACAGCAAGCUAGAGGUGUAGAAAUUGCCGGUGGAGGAAGGAAACAGAAGAUCCCUUUGGGCAAAGGAAAUAACCGGAAAGCACUUGGAGAUAUUGGGAAUUUGGUUCCUGUUCAAGCCAUCGAUGGGAAGCCAAAGCAAGAGUUCUCCCGUCCCCUAACGAGGAGUUUUUGUGCACAAUUACUUUCGAAUGCACAAGCUGCUGCUGCAUCAGAGAAUAUUAAGAAGCCAGAUCCAAAAGUUGUUAAUGGACCUGCGGAGAAGAAAGGAGUUGUGCCAGCAAAACCAACUCAGAAGAAGGUCAAUGCAAAGCCAAAGACAGAUAUAGCAAGGGAGGUAAGCCCGGAGCAGAAAGAAGAUACAAGAAAGGAGAAAAAUGCAAGCCAGAAAACAUCAAGGCGUAAAGCUCAGACCCUCACAUUAGUCCUAACAGCUCGAAGCAAGGAUGCUUGUGGUCUAAUCAAUAAAUCAAGUGAUCCCAUUGUCAACAUUGACAUAGAAGAUGUAGACAAUCAUCUAGCCAUGGUUGACUAUGUGGAAGACCUAUACAAGUUUUACAAGCUUGAGGAGAAUUCAAGUCACAUUCAUGAUUACAUGGGCAAGCAAACUGAUAUCAAUGAGAGAAUGAGAGCCAUUAUUGUUGACUGGAUGAUAGAAGUUCACUACAAAUUUGGACUUAGGCCUGAAACUCUUUAUCUCACUAUCAAUAUAGUUGAUAGAUUUCUUUCCAUGAAAGUAGUCCCAAGGAGGGAACUGCAGUUAGUUGGAAUAGGUGCCAUGCUUAUUGCCAGCAAAUAUGAGGAACUAUGGGCUCCAGAGGUAGCCGACUUUGUCUCCAUUUCAGACAUGGCAUACACUGGAGAACAGAUUUUGGCCAUGGAGAAGGCAAUCUUAGGAAAGCUUGAAUGGAGCUUAACAGUGCCAACACCAUAUGUCUUUCUUGUUCGAUUUAUUAAGGCUUCUAUGGCUGAUCAAAAGGAGAGUCAGAUGGAAAACUUGGCCUUCUUUAUGGCAGAGAUAGGUCUGAUGAAUUAUGUGGCAAUAAUGUAUUGUCCAUCAAUGCUUGCUGCUUCAGCAGUUUAUGCAGCAAGAUGCACCCUUAGCAAAAGCCCCUUCUGGAAUGAAACUCUCAAGUUCCACACUGGAUACUCUGAAGUACAAUUGAUGGAUUGUGCUAAGCUCUUGGUUAAAUUCCAUUCAGUGGCAGUAGUAAGCAAGUUGAAGGGAGCUUACAAGAAAUAUUCAGAUCCUGAAUAUGGUGCUGUUGCUUUACUUCCUCCAGCCAAAUCCUUUUGACCGGAUGACCCCCAAGUCAGAACCUUCGCUCACCAUUGUUCAAAAUAUACUACCUCAUCAGCAGAACAAAAAUGUUAUGACUCAUUUCAACUGCGUUACUUCCAGUAAUUUCUCUUUACUCCCCUUCAACUCAUUUGUGUGUGUGUGGAGAAAGCUUGAGGCACUUGGCUCCUGUUUGGAGGGGAGAGCUCUGAAGUCUCUUGCUUGUGUGUGUUCAUGGUGACACAAUCUCUAGCUAAUGGGCCUUGUGGCAAUGGGAGAUGUUUCUUUAUCCUGUAAAACCGGAUAUGAUGCCCAAUACAAAAACCUAUAGUCUUAUGUUAAAAACACAAACUUGAUUUGCCCCUUCUACACAAACUCUCCCACUAAUUAUGGAACCUCUUUACCUCAAAUGUGAGUGGUUGGGCUUGCUUGUUCAAUCAAAAUCUCCCUAAGUUCUGGCAAUUUAUAGUACUAUUUUUCUAUGGCA